UUGCAAGCUUCAUAUUUCUCGUCAAAUCUGAACACAUGCAAGCACGUAACUCGUUUUCAUUUGGCAGAAGCUCUUGUCUUCAAGACCGCAGACGUCAAGCUAGGUGGGGUCCCUUUCAUUCUCAGGACAGCCACCAUUAGCGGCGUAGCCUGCGACUCGGCAAUAGUUCUGAGUGUUAUAGGAUCUCCGUGUAGCUGAGUUCGAGUGUUUCCGGACGGCAUGUACCAGCGUGACAACACAAUUUUCGAUGGAAGCUAUCGUCAAUAAUACAUGUCCCGAUGGAUAUCAGUUAAUUUACCACAGUGAGCUGUUCUCGCACGAAUGCAUCCAUACCCCACUGCAGCUGGCUGCAGUUCUCAUUGGGUUCUCGUCGAUGAUAUGCUGGUUUUGUGCUCAAGCUCCGCAAGUUUUCAAGAGCUGGAAGACAGGAGAAGCUGAUCAAGCCUUCUCUAUAUUUUACCUAGUUGAGUGGGCGUUUGGAGAUGCAUUCAACUUGAUCGGGUCAAUAUUGGCUCACCAGCUCAGCUUUCAGAUAUGGCAGGCGGCAUACUUUUGCUUGAUGGAUGUCAUUCUUACGGCACAGUUCCUCGUGGCCUAUCUCCGGAGAAAAAUGAGGACGAGAGUGCUACUGGAGGGUGACACAGACCCACCGCGGCGCCCCAACUCACUGCCCGUCCUAUGCAUCCUGGCAAUCGUCAUUCCCGUCACUCUGUUCACAUCGGGCGGCGACAGUCGGAGCGGCGUGGUCGGUGGCGUUGGCCAGGCCUACGCGACGGAAUCGCUUCACGGCGGCAGGCGACUAUUAGCAGUCGACGCGCCGUCGAAGAGCUCAUCCUUUGAUGUAUUUUUACCGAGUGUCCAGAAAGAUGCUCUCUACGGCUACGUGCUAGGCUCCAUCUCAGCGUUCUUCUACGUGGUGGCCGGCUUUCCUCAAGCGUACAAGAAUUUUAAGCGCAAAUCUUGUGAGGGCCUCUCUCUCUACAUGUUCAUCCUGGCAGCGCUGGGCAACAUCACCUACGCACUCGGUAUCUUCCUCUUCAGUAUGGAGCACAUGUUCCUCUUGAACAAGCUCCCUUGGUUAGUUGGCAGUCUCGGAUCCUUGUUAUACCAGUUUACUAUUCUGUUCCAGUUCUUUCUCUACUCCAAGGAUAGCAUUUGCAGCGAGACGGACCAAGAGCAGAGGACGCCGCUGAAUUCAGACUACGCUCAGCCAGUCGAUUACAGCAUUGUGGAAGUGUGAGGACAUCCACUGAGCUGCUCGACUGCAGCAUUGUGGAGAUGUGGAGGGAAUUCCUGCACUUGCCUGCUCAUCGCCGCAGAAUGUCCAAUUCCUUGGUGAGAGAAUUGGACAUUUCUGAGGUUUCUUGUCCAUUCUCUUUCCCAUUUGGGCUUGAAGAAGCUCUAGUUCCGUGCCGCCCAUCUCGGCAGCGCACUGCUCGAGUGCAGCAUUGUGGAGAUGUGGGGGAAAUUCCUGCACUUGCCCGCUCAUCGCCGCAGAAUGUCCAAUUCUCUCAUUCUCUCGCCGAGGAAUUUGACAUUUCUGGGGUUUCUUAUCCAUUCUCUUUCCCAUUUGGGCUUGAAGAAGCUCUAGUUCCGUGUCGCCCAAUCUCGGCAACGCUAGUUUUUUUAAUUUAUUACGUUGAAAUACCAUUCUUACAGCAAAGUCUACCCGUAUAGUCCGUUUUCAAGGUGAACAUUGAGAUGAGCUUUGCAUCUUGUACUGACAUAUGUUCCACGAUAGCAAUGUCUAAUGAACCCCGCAUUUCCCCGAACAUGAAGCUACUUUUGAUCAAGUACGACUUA